GUUCAUUGAUAUUCACGAUGAAGAUUGAAUCUUCAGUGGCAUUUAUAUCACUUUCCGUUGGCAUUUUUUGCCAUAUUUCGGCUGGCAAUUUCGAAUCAGCCAGAGCUAUUCAAAUAAUAAAGCCAGAAAAUCACUCAAUUCAAUUGGAAUUGAACGAUUUAAAAGAAAUUCUUGAAGCUGAUGACAUCAGAGACCGUCAGGUUGUCGUUGUGUCCAUUGCUGGUGCAAUGCGAAAGGGGAAAAGUUUUCUGCUUAACUUUUUCAUACGAUAUUUGUACGCACAGUACAAAACACACGAUGUAACCGAUUGGCUGGGCGAGAAUAAGAGUAGCAACGAGCUGGUUGGUUUCAAAUGGAAAAUUGGAAAGAAACCUGAAACGACUGGUAUCUGGAUGUGGUCCGACAUUUUCACGCAUGAUUACGAAAACGGGGAAAAAGUGGCUAUCAUUGUGCUGGAUACGCAAGGAAGUUUCGAGAAAAAAAGCAGCAUGCAAGACACUUCUGCCAUUUUUGCUUUGAGCUUGAUGCUUUCCUCGGUUCAAUGUUACAACAUAAAAGAACAAAUUCAAGAAGACAGUUUACAAUAUUUGGAUCUAUUCACUGAUUAUGCUCGAGCAGCCCUGAACCAAACCAAUGAGAAACCGUUCCAAUAUUUGCUAUUCAUUGUUCGCGACUGGUCAUUCCCAUAUGAAAACAGCUAUGGCUUGAAUCAACAAAUCGUUGACGAACUUAUGGCUAAAAAUGCAGAGGAAAUGCCUGAAACGCAUCAGUUGAGAAAUAGAAUCCAAGCCAGUUUUAAGAAAAUUGGCGCCUUUUUAAUGCCACAUCCAGGAAUGAUUGUUGCAAAAUCGCAAAAUUUCACCGGCCAUUUACAGCAAAUCGACACAGAAUUCAAACAAUAUCUCAAAGUAUUGGUGCCAUUACUUUUUCAUCCCGAAAAUGUUGUUAUCAAAAGUAUCAACGGUGAAAAGGUACGCGCGCGUGAUCUAUUGCAAUAUCUACAGGCAUACGUCGAUAUUUUUAAGGGAGGCACAUUACCUGCAACAUCAACUCUCAUUGAGGCCACGGCAAAGGCGAGUAAUACGAUAUUGCUCAAUGAUUGCCUCAAUCUUUAUGUGCACUCAAUGCAAAAUGCAGUCAACAAUGUCAAACCAUAUUUCAAUCAAUCAAAUCUGUUGGACGCACACGGGAUGGCAAAAGACGGUUCUUUGACGAAAUUUCAGCAAGCUCGAAAAUUGGGUGGUGAAGAGCUUAUAUCCGUAUUCCAACAACGAACUGAAACAGCAAUCGAAGAACAAUUCCUGUCUUUCAAAGAGGAAAACGAACGAAAACGUAUCGACUAUAUUGAAAAGGCCAAUUUGAUCAACGACAAAAUCAGUAUGGAAAUUCGAAUGAGGUUCGAAAGAAAAUUGCUCGAGAAAACCGAUGACGAAUCAGACAUCGAUACCACGGAGCUAAACACGUUAUUUGCAACAGAAAAGCAGAACGCUCUGGAUGAGUUCGACCAGAGAAAAAUGGGCGAAAAUUACCAUUGAAAUGUGGGACUAUGAUAGUGUGUCAAGUCACGAUUCGAUACAGUUUUGGAACACCAACAUCAAUGAAUUGCUUCGAACCAAAACAAAGCAUGGCUAUGGUGAGAAUAAAAUCGUAUUGGACUCAUCGUGGAGAGACCAACCCGUCAUCUGAAGUUUUUAGUUUGAAACAUGGCUCAAUAGCACAUGAGCUGAACAAUGUUCAGUGAAUAUCAACCAAAUAGGCUGAAAUACCAAAUCUGGACCAAACAAAUUACUUUUUCAAUUGGAAUAUCGUUCUUUUUUCGAAAUAAUACUGAGUACCUUACGAAAUGUUCAUUAUUUUGCAUAAUAAAACAACGUGAAGUCUCACACA